AUGGGUUGUGGAUUUCGCCAGGAGAAUUUUAAAAAAUUUAUCGGUAAAAAUCGUUUACGUGGCAAGUCUGAUCUUAUUGCAGGAAUACUCGGUUUAGAACCAGGACCAUGGUCUUUUCUAAAUCAAUUAGGUGUUGUUGGAGAAGGAAAAUUUUCCUACUGUUUCGAGGUGUUUAAGUAUGAUAUUGAGGGAUCAAAUACAUAUUUAAGGUUCGGUGCAGAUGCAACAAUUGGAGGCGCAUCUCAACAAGUGCGCACAACUCUCAUUGUUGUGCCUCAGUUUCUGUCGCGUCAGUGUUACUUAAAACUAGAAGAUAUUAGUGUAGGUAGAAAAAGAAUAAACUUUCCCGGUGGUACUUUUGAGCUUAAAUCCCGAGAAGGCGGUGCUAUCAUAGAUACUGGUACUACAAUAUCCAUGAUAUAUAAAGAUCAUCUUGAUAGAGUUGCUGAUUUCGUGAAGGCUCAUUUUAAAGAUCUUGGGGUUGAAUAUAUUGGUGCCCAAGAAAGUCUUGAUGUUUGUCUCCGUCUACCUGGAAGAUUUGAUAUUCAUAAUUAUCCUUCCAUAACACUUCAUUUUCAACAAGCCGUUACGUUAUUCCAGAUUAUAAAGCAAAUUUUGUGA